CAACUUGUCAAUUUUUUUGCAUUUCAGAAUCCCGGCUUCAAAAAACGCAAUUUCGUGUGGGUUUCACCUAUUCCACGUCUCGAAGUACUUAAACUAUUUAAAAAAAAAACAUGUUUUAAGUCACUGAAUUCAAAAUUCCACGUAAAUUGUCCAAAAAAGAUGAGGCAUUUUCACACGAUAUUUUUUCUUAUUCUGGUGUUCGAAAUUAACAUACAUUUAACGAAGGAGACAAAAAAUGCUGUUGUUGAUAACGUUUACGACAUGAAAGAUUUUAAAAAAUUAAUCAGGACUAAAACAAACGUUUUAGUUUGUUACACGAAUUCGUUAAAACAGGCGUCCCAAGUGAUCAAAGUCUUUAGGGAAGCCGCUGAUGUUAUCAAGGGUCAAGGAACCAUGCUUUUAAUGGAUUGCUCUGGGGAAGCGAAAAAAGUGUGUAAAAAACUGAAAGUCACCCCUGACCCUUACAUUUUCAAGCAUUAUAAAAACGGUGAAUUUAAUCGAGACUAUGACAGGAAAUUCACUGUUAGUUCUAUGGUGAACUUCAUGAGGGACCCCACUGGGGACCUACCUUGGGAAGAAGACGCCUCUGCUAGUGAUAUUGUGCACAUUCCAGAUGCUGAGACUUUGGCUAAAUUUAUUAGACAGGAGAGUAAGCCUUUAUUGGUCAUGUUUUAUGCCCCUUGGUGUGGUUUUUGCAAAACUUUGAAGCCAGAAUAUGUGGCAGCAGCCAAAGAACUGAAAGGACACUCAGUCUUGGCCGCCAUUGAUGUAAAUAAACCUGAAAACGCCGUCAUUAGGACGUUGUACAACAUCACGGGAUUCCCCACACUUUUAUAUUACAAAAACGGGGUUAUGAAAUUCCAAUACGAAGGCGAUAAUAAGCGUCAAGCUAUCAUUAAUUUCAUGAAAAACCCUUCAAAACCGGUCAAAGUCAAAGAACAAGAAUGGUCCGAAGUCGAUAGUGAAGUCGUCCACUUGACUACAAGCAAUUUCGAUCCGGUUGUUAAAGAAGAAGCCUCACUUCUUGUAAUGUUUUACGCCCCUUGGUGUGGUCAUUGUAAGAAAAUCAAGCCUGAAUAUGAAAAAGCCGCCGCUAAGCUCAAAUCUGAUGGGAUCCCGGGGAUGAUGGCCGCCAUUGAUGCAACAAAAGAAGUGAGUAUUGCGGAUCGUUUCUCGGUUAAAGGUUACCCCACUAUCAAAUACUUCACAUAUGGGGAGCACAAAUUCGAUGUUAAUUUACGAGAAGCGACGAAAAUUGUGGAGUUUAUGAAAAAUCCCAAAGAGCCGCCGCCGCCGCCCCCACCAGAGAAACCCUGGUCGGAGGAGGAAUCCAAUGUUGUGCAUUUGAACGAAGAGAAUUUUAAAAGUUUUCUCAAGAAAAAACGACACGCACUUGUUAUUUUCUACGCACCCUGGUGUGGCCAUUGCAAGAAAGCUAAGCCUGAAUUUACCAAAGCUGCUGAAUAUUUUAAGGAUGAUCCGAAAGUUGAGUUUGCAGCAGUUGAUUGUACGACUUAUCAGGGAGUUUGUUCGGCUCAUGAAGUUAGCGGUUAUCCAACUAUCAAGUAUUUCAGUUAUUUGAAUAAACUUGUUAAGCCAUAUAACUCAGGCCGGACAGCCGAAGAUUUCAUUGCGUUUAUGUCAGAUCCAGAAGGCAAUGGUCCAAGUCAGAAAAUUGUUUCACAAUUGACAGAUACAAAUUUUGAACAAGAAAUUGCAUCCAAGUCGGCGGUGCUUGUAUUGUUUUAUGCACCAUGGUGCAAACAGUGCAAAGAAAUAAAACCGGAUUAUCAGAAAGCCGCCAAUGAUUUGAAACAAGAGGGAUUCAGUGCUCAAUUAGCUUCAGUUGACUGCAGUUCGAAUCCUAUACUCACUGAUAAGUACGACAUAAACAUAUUUCCCACUUUCAAAUUGUUCUUAAACGGUAAGUUUGCUGCCGACUUUACCGGCAAAAGUACGAAAGAUGAUAUUAAAAGAUUCGUGGUUGAUGUAAAAACUCGUAAAAAUAAAGAAUUGUGAGAUUUUUAUCUGUUUAGUGUAAUUUAUAUUUUGGAAAUAAAAAAAUCGGUUUAAUUUU